AUGUUGUGUACAUCGGAGGCACAGAAAGAUUGGCAAACUUUCAGACCAACUAUCAAAGAGAGAUGUGCGUUUGUCUUCAACAACGAGUUCUUGAGCGAUGUGAAUUUUAAAGCGAGAUCGUCGAUUUGCGGCGAGUGUAAGGUGAUACCAGCUCACAAGUUCGUUCUUUCCAUCAGCAGCCCUGUGUUUCAAGCCAUGUUUCGCGGGAACAUGGCUGAGUCUGUUUCAAACCUGAUAGAACUACCGGACUGUGAUUAUGAGAGCUUGUUGGAGUUCUUUCGUUAUCUCUAUAGCGAUGAGGCGUAUCUUAGUGGAACUAACGUCCUUCAAGUGUUAUAUCUAGCAAACAAGUACAUAGUGCCCUCUCUCGUCGAUAAAUGCACCGAAUAUUUGCAGAAAAGUCUGAACGCAAACAAUGUGUUGCGUAUUCUUCCACACGCUCAGGCGUUCGACAAAAAUGAACUUUUAGAGCGAUGUUGGGAAUUGAUUGAUAAGAAUGCGGACAGUGUCGUGAAAUCAGAGGAAUUUUUUAAUCUUGAGAGGUGUCGAGUGGAGACUAUUGUCAACAGAGAAUCGUUAAACAUUACAGAAUUCGAAUUAUUCAAAGCUGUUGACCGCUGGGUGUCUAAAGAAAGCGAAAGACAAGGCCUUCUUGAAAGCCUCAGUAAUUGUGAAUCAAAGCGACGGAUACUCGGGGACGGAAUAGUGCAGGGGAUACGGUUCCCACUGAUGUCACAAAAAGAAUUCAUGUCGGCCGUACCCGACAGUAACAUUCUAACGAUAAGUGAAGUCAUAAACCUGAUGAAAUACUUCAGUGGUUUACCGACACCGCUUCUGCCGUUCAUACAAACUCCAAGGAAAGGAACACUGAAGGACACGCCACAAAUGCGCCGUCGAUUGGGAACUUAUAUUCCUCCGGCAGCUUGGUGGGGACAUUCAUUUCAGAAUUGCCAAUUAGCGUGUGGUUCGCCUCUUAGUUAAAGGAAAUAUGUAGCAAUAUUUGUAAUCAUUUUUAGUGUCGUUAAGAAUCGGCUUUAAUAACGGGCGCUGCUACGCUUUCGAGGAAAAAAGGACGCGCAGAAAAUGGCCUGUAAGCGGGCGCACAGUGGAAGCGGUUGUCACGGGAACGGCUGUCAUUUUUCGCGCGCUCGUUUAGUCCCCGUCCCUACAGACGGGGAGCCAGAGCAGGUUAUAAGAUUUGACUACGAAUGUCAAACUCUAUGAUAAUCAUCAGAUGAAGACGACAAAAACGAAGAGGAAAAAGGGAAGUGGCUUAAAAGCAAGAAUACUGAUAACGAAGGCGAAGGUAGAGAGACAUUUCCUAUUUUAUUUUACAAAUCAUGCCGUCUGUUAUGAAGUGAGAAAAUUAAAACGCAAUAAUUAAGUGUACAUCAUCUGUAACUGUAUUUAAAUCUCUACGAAAUCUAACAAACAACGAGUAUCAUCGUGUUAAAGAUUAAGAAAGUCAACACCUCUGACAUCUUUGAUAACUGAACUUAACUGAGAGUUUUUCGAGAUUUAGCCUGGGUGUAUACAUUCUGGUUUUCGUUUGACAUACAAGGUACCGGGUCAUUGAGAUAUUUAUAAGAUAUUUCAAUGACAGUAUAACUUUAGGCCGUCAUUUAGCACUUUAGCUACUUAUAAUAUAAUGCAGUGAUAUUUAACUGAGGAGUCUAGUGUCACUGUGUGAACCUUGUCAAUUUAUUUUUUUUUAUUAUUAUUAUUUUGUAUGCAUAUGAUUAAGACCGUGACUACAUCACGUGUCCUUCAAAUUUAACCCCAGGCCUAUCUCUGACAGGCGAAGCAGUACCCAAACCUUGUUUGUAUUAAUAUUUGAUUAACAAGGAAUCUUCGGAAAAAACCCCUACUAACAUCAGCAGCUUAGGAAAGAUUGCAACUAUGCCUUCUCUUGAAGAUCUUUGGCACUCACACGGGCAAACAAAGAAGGAAAAAAUUGCAUUUCUCUUCAACAGUAAGGAAAUGAGCGAUGUGAGUUUUGUUGUUCAAGCCUCCACCGAAGAAAGUGAAACUAGAAAGGUCAUCCCAGCUCACAAAUUUGUGCUCGCAAUCAGUAGUCGUGUGUUCCAUUCUAUGUUCUAUGGUCCACUGCCGGAGACUAAAGACUCUAUCGAACUGAGUGACUGCGAGUACGAGAGUUUGUUAGAAUUAUUUCGCUACAUCUACUGCGACCAAGCGAACUUGACCGGAAGUAACGUACUUCAAUUGUGGUAUUUGGCGAAGAAGUACAUGACGCCUGAACUCGCCUUGAGCUGCAAACAAUUUGUGCAACAUGCAUUCCAAGUGAAGGUAUCAAACGUUUUUUGCACUUUGUCGUGCGCUCGUAUGUUUGAAGAUACAGAUUUGGAAAAUCGAUGUUGGAAAGUGAUUGAGAAGCAGACAGAAAGUGCUGUGACAUCAGACGAAUUUGCUACAGUUGAGAGAUCUGUUGUUGAAUCUAUUGUGAAGAAAGAAGUGUUGAAUGUUAAAGAAGUAGAACUGUUCAAAGCUGUUGAUCGCUGGGGCGUAAAAGAAUGUGAGAGGCAAGGAAUAACGCCUGGUGGAAAGGAAAGAAGAACUAUUUUAGGGGAAGAAAUAGUGAAAGCGAUACGAUUUCCUCUGAUGUCGUACGAAGAGUUUAGAUCUGUGACGAUAUCCAGGGAAACGGAAAACAUUCUGAAACACGAGGAAAUAUCUCACAUGUUGAGUUUUUAUCUGGAUGAACUGAAGACUCCGUUACAGUUUUCACCGGCUCAAAGAGUCGAUUUUCAUCUAUGCCUUAGAUUUGAUAAUUUCCAUCCUCCGCGUGGAGAUGAAAAGUGGAACUAUGGAGAUAAGAUGGGAGAGCUUGCUUUCUCUGUCGAUAAGACCAUCGACCUGCUAGGCAUUCAACUUUUCGGCAGCUUCGAGCGAUACAAUGUCACAGUUGAAGUGAAGAGACAUCAUGGCGAUUGGAUAACAUUUACAAAACAUUCAGGCACGCAUUUAUCCAGAAAGGUUGCUCUUACAAAUAGUUAUUAUUACGGAUUUGACGUGUUUUUCGAUGAUCCAAUAUUAUUGGAGACGAAUAGACCAUAUAAAAUUGUGUGGCGCAUCCGAGGUCCAUCCUCAUGGUACGGUGGAGGAUACAAAGAGUUCAUCGAAUGUCACGGUGUGGUUUUUACCUUCAUUAGACAUGUGCCUUCUUUGAGAGGCACCGUGCAUUAUUUGAACGACUUAGCGUGUCCUGCUCUGUUAUUCCGGGAA